CCGCCUCCCGUGGUCGGUGCUGUUCUGCGCAGGUCCGUCCGGCGCAGCACCCUGCGGAGAGUCGCUGACAGGAAACAAAAGUCCCCCACGACUAUGUCGCAACCCUGUCUUCCCCAGGAGGCAGCCAGAAACAGUUUGAGAGAGGACGCUAAGGUUCGCUUAAAGAAGCAUGAUAUUGGGAGCAAAUAUUCCAACUUGUCAUAUAACAAAUACUGCAUUCUUUUACCAUUGUUGGCUAAAGAAGGAAAACUCCAUUUGCUGCUCACUGCCCGGUCAGAAAAGCUCUGUUCUUUCAAUGCCCAGCUAAGAAGGUCGCCUGGAGAAGUUUGCUUCCCCGGAGGAAAGUGUGAACCAACAGACGAGGAUGACAUCGCCACGGCUCUCCGGGAAGCUCAGGAGGAGGUGGGGCUGCGUCCUGAGCAAGUGGAGGUCGUCUGCCGCCUGGUGCCAUGUGUGUAUGAGAAAUACUCAUUGGUAACCCCAGUUGUGGGUUUUAUAGAUCACAACUUCCAGGCCCAGCCUAACCCUGAUGAAGUCAAGCAAGUGUUCCUGGUGUCACUGGAUUAUUUCCUGCACCCGCAUGUCUACCGUCAAAAUUACUUCAACUUUUAUGGUCACAGUUUGCUUACUCACUGCUUUGAGUAUGUGAACCCUGAAGAUGGUGCAACUUACCAAAUCAAGGGAAUCACCGCAAAAUUUGCCGUGUUGGUCGCCUUAAUUGUGUUGGAGGAAAAGCCCACAUUCGAGGUUGAAUUUAACCUCAAUGACCUAAUGUCAUCCUCUGAAGAAUUAUUCCUAAAGGUUCAUAAAUCUAUGAGCAAGUUAUGAUUUAUGAGACCAAGAUCCUAAGACCUGUCCAAGAACUAUCCAUAGAAUAAUAAUGUCAGUCAGCUGUUGGAGUUUAACAGUAUGACUAUUUUUCCUGCAAUAUGAAGGUAAAAAGCCUUGCCUUUUUUUCCAUAGUCUUCUAAUGUCUACAAGAGUAAAACUCUUUCAAAAGUGGAAAACUGUGUAUUUGGUAUUGCCUAAUAUCAACCACAAUACUCUAUCAUAUUUUUCUUCUCAGUGGAAAUCAACCAGGGGGGAGGCGGGAGGAGGGGAGGAGCCAAAACCCCACCUGCUGGGUACAAUGAACACUAUUUGAGUGACAGGCACACCUCUAGCUAGGACUCAAGCAGUACAAAAGAGGUAACCUAAAAUAUUUGUACCCCCCAAAUAUAAUCAAGACAUCAAAUCCCAUAAUGGCGUAAAUGUAUUUAUGAUCUAUGUACAAAUGACAUAAUAAAAAAAGAGAGUAUA